CCCAGCCGCGCCGUACCCAAAGCUCUCUCGAAACCCUAGCCGCCACCAUCCACCAAGGCACCAACCCACAGCACACAUCACACGUACGCGCCGACGGCGUACGCCAUGCAGCGCGCCGCCGUAAGGUUCGCUUCCAUGGCCGGUCGCCGCUUCGCUGCGUCGGCCACCCGCCCGGGGCUCCCAACUGGCGCGGCUCCUCUUUGGCCUGCCGCGGCGGUGGUCAACGGUACCACGCGAUUAUCCAUCCAGCCAGCUUUUGCUGCUGCCGCGGCGGCUCUGUGUGCCCGGCGCGGUUACGCGGGCAGGUCUCUGAAGACGAAGACGGUCAGCAAGGAGGAGGAGGAGGAGGACGACGACGACGGCGGCGGCGGCGGCGACUUCUUCGAUAUGUCCUGCGACGAGGACUCCGACGACGACUCCGACAGCGACGAUUUGGAGGACGCUGAUCUGUAUGCUUCCGGAAGUGACGAGUAGGAACCAGUGAAGAAGCGCGGGAGGUGCUGACUGCUGAGAGCUCGGCUCCGUCGAGAGAUUUUGUUGUUUCGUUUCUUUCUCGAGAUGGAGAACAAAAUAAGCCAUGCCAUUUUACCACCAGGCAUGCUCAACAUUAAGUUGUAGUAUGCUACAAGAAAAUUGUUUGUAGUACCUAAAUUUCAGCUUGUUGAAUCGUCAAUUUAUUGAAUUUCAGAGUGA